AUGGCUCCUGCAUUGCCAAUGUCGCCGCAAAAGAGAGUUACCCGAGCUCGCGCUGCAGCGAAGAAAGCAGGCGAUGUUCCAAAAACAAAUCGAGAUAGAACUGCUUCACGUUCAUCAGCACGCAGGAACACUGAAUUAACCAAAGAAGAUUUGGCACGAACCGAUAUGCCGGUCACGGAUGAACCGCUUCGUAAGUCCGCAAGGAGAGUGGCAGCGGCUGCGCCAGCCCGGCGAAUCAAGGUCACUGCAAUGGAAAAUGCAAUAGCACCACAGCAACAACCUGUAGCAGAGAGCGAAACUUCACGAACCCACCCGAAGCCCCGAACGACGAGGUCGAAGAAAGCAACCAUGGAGGAAGACGACCUGGGGGAAAGCGAAACAGCUGUGGAGCCUGUACGCCCAAAGCGUCAAGCAAGCGGUACAUUACAACCAAAAGAGGCGCCAAAAGCUGCAGCUUCUAGGCUGCGGGGUCGACCAAAGAAAGCAGAGGUGGCUCAGGAUGAGGUUGAUGUCGAAAGUGGGAAUACAAAGAAACAAGGUCGAGCUCGACUCGGAUCUGCCACUACAGAUACCAGAGCUCUGACGAUACCGCCAUCGAAAGGGACCGUGCCAAAGAAGAAAGUCACUUUCCAAGAUGUGCCGGGAUGUGACAAGGAAAACCAGCCGGUUCCGCAGGCGAAGGGAACUGCUAAGGGCAAGUCAGGAGCCCCAGCAAGCGGGAUCAGAGCCAAACCUGUACGCAGGCCCGUAGCGACAUCAAGGACGAGCGUCAAAAAGAGUACAGUUCCAGACACGGCGGAAGAAACGGCCCAAAGAGUACUGACACCAAAGAAAGUCACGCAAGUCGCCAAGUCAUGCUCUUCACUAGAGUCAGACGAAGAUGAGCUUAAUGGAGCAAAAACCCCAAUUAGAGAUCUAGCUCAGUCUCCAAGGCGAAAUGUCAAUAUUGCGAGCAUGGUAUCACCAGUGAAGAAGCUAGAUUUCGGCAGUGGCUCGCUCGCAUCGUCCCCCGUCAAGUCCCAGCUUACCUCAACCCUGCUGAGUCCAGCCAAGCGACCAGUUUCCAGCCCGUUCAAAGAGGCAUUCAAGGAAUCUCCCAAACGAAGUGACAUCCCCUUUAAGAUCCCACAAGGGCCAAGGCAAAAUGAGGCAAAUCAAGGCCGAGACAUGGCAUCGUCGAGUACGAUCCUCCUUCAGUCGCCGAAACGCGUUGCACUUGAACCAUCUAUGUUCCCACAAUCCACGUCAAAAGCUGUCAAAUCACCUUUCAAGGCCUCUCUCCUUCAGUCACCGCCAAAGAGACCUAUUUCUCCCGUGAAGACGCCGUCUAUUGUCAGCACAACAAAAAGCAUAGCACCGUCGCUUAAGGAGGUUGAGACGGACACAAUGUCGUCUAACAUAAUAGUCUCGAGCCAUUUCCGAGCAUCCCAAUCGCCACAACGGACCCCACGUGUGCAAAGAAUGACUCCCGAAGACAUGGGGGACAAAGGGAGAUGUGCUAUCGACUUUGACGAAUCUGUCGUCGACAUUCGAAGUCCCUUGAAACUGGCGAUGAAUACUAUGGACGGCCCCGAUCACGUUCAAGACAUCGCUGAAAACAGAUCAACUUCGGAGAGCGAUCUAAGCAAGCAUGACCCCACGAUUGAGUUGGAAGUACACUCUGGUCUUCAAGAUCAGGUAGUCAUGAAAGCUACAGACACUUCAAAGACCCAACAUCCCAAGGAUCUUGAACUUGAAAGUACCGCUCCUGCGAACAUCAUGCCGUGCGACCAGACCCCUCUCAACGCCGCUUCUUUCCUGUUCCGUGUAUCACGUCUUAGAGAUGACGACGAGUCAUCCGAAGACGAGUUGCAGUCACCAGUCAGGACAUUACAGACACAAACACCUGCCACUGUCCUGGGGAGCAAGUCCCGCAUGUCGAUGGCCAACCCACCGGUAGUUGACCAUAAUCCUGGCUUCACCCCUCUGGCAGCUCAGCUUAGCGGAUGGCUCGCUAGCAGUCCAGACAAGCAGACCAUGAAGAAAUAUCGGCCUCGAGGCAUCUUCUCGCCCGUCGCAGCGCAGCAUGUUCGUGGCGAAGUGGUCAUCGAUCGGCAUUCGCCAGCAACUUCUCGGGUGUCGGUAGAACCAAGAUUGUCGACUUCGGCGCGGAAAUCGUUCGGAGGCAGGAAAUCGCUUGGUCUGAGAAGCUCCCUUGCUAGUUCCGUGAAUGGGACUCCUGACAAGUCGAGCUAUUUCGCGGACGAAAUGGCUGUGAAAGAUCUCGAAGAAGCGAUUGAGGGCAUGGAAGCGGAAGACUCUGAUUGCGAUAUGCAGCAAGAGUUUACCUGUCCAGAGAGUGCCGAUGAUGCUCCAGUAGAUGAUCUUGCUCCCACUGGAGUGGUUGAGGAGAUGGAGUUUGUUGAGUCACAGCGACUAGAUGACUCAGCUGAGGCAGAGAGGCAGGAUGUAGAAGACAUUGUCGCAGAGGCACCAGGUGAAGCUUCUCGCAACUAUUCAGCGGAGAUCGAGGCUCAGACAAGGACCGAAGAAGAAGAAGAUAGGCAACAUGUGCACGAGACCAGCCAAGUAUCCACUGCCUCCUCGACCUAUGGCGAUGGAAACAAUGUUCCCGUAACCCCAAUGGCAGCCACGUCGGAGCAAGUUCUAGCAGGGACUCAAGAAACCAGUAUCACACCAGCUGCAACCGUGUUCACAGCGAAUCGUGCUCCGCUCAACGACUUCAACACCCCUUUACAACCACAACCCAAAAAGUCCCAAUUUGCCAAUACAGUCGUUUCCAAAGUGCCCCUGCGACCCGAAGGUCACACAUCUCCCAUCAAAGUGUCCAAGAAACGCAGCCGCUCCCUCUCGUCUGGUCCAUCGUCCGUCAAGAAAACGCCCGUGCUGCAAGCCUUCAGUAUUCCACAGAGUAGAACAGUCAACUCAUUCUCACCAGCGCGAAGCGAGGCCAGCAUACCAUCUUCAACCAUGACAACGCCCGGUCAGCAGAGCUUCGCGGUCGAUGACUUCGGAGACUCCACAUUGGACGGAAUCGAAAUCGACGAGGACGACGAAAAUCUGCCACCCAUUACGCCUACCGCGGCUCGUGUUCCAUCAUUGGCAGUAGCGCCGAGCAAGACCCCCAAGGCGCAAACUCCGGCUACAUCAUCUGGUGUGUUGCAAGGUGCAGUCGUGUUCGUCGAUGUGUAUACCACCGAAGGAGCUGACGCGAGCGGCAUCUUCAUCGAGCUGCUGACCCAGAUGGGCGCCAAGUGCGUGAAGACGUGGUCGUGGAGUCCGAGGGCUAGUGUGGGAGUGAAUGUGAAUGCGAAUGCGAAUGCGAAUGCGAAUGCGAAUGCGGAGGAAGCUGUGCCAGCAGGUGGGAAUGCGAAGAUCGGUAUCACCCACGUUGUGUACAAGGAUGGUGGGAAGAGAACUUUGGAGAAGGUGAGAGAUACGGAGGGGCUGGUGAAAUGUGUCGGUGUUGGUUGGGUUCUUGACUGUGAGCGUGAAACCAAAUGGCUUGAUGAAUCCGCAUACGCGGUCGAUAUAUCGAUUCUCCCGCGAGGUGGCUCGAGGAGAAGAAAAUCCAUGCAGCCGAGAGCGCUGCUGAACAUGAAUGGCACCCUCUCCAAGGCCACUGGUGCCGCUGCAGGCAGGAGAAGCGUCUCAGCGGAGAUGAUGCAAAAGCUCAAGGACGAGCUCGUCAACACGCCUGUCCGGGGCCAUGGCUGUGAUAAGGCGUCCGAUGUUUCAAGUCAGCCUCGCGAGGAAGAAGCCGAAGCCGAAUCCGAUAGCUCGGCUUCAAUCGAAUCAGGCUUCUCCACGCCCACAGGUGUAUUCGCCAUCAGCACCACCUCCGCCGCCGAUCUGCAACCAGCAACACCAACCGGCUUCGUCAACUACGACCCCUCAACCUCCCAAACCCCCGGCGGUCCCAACGACCGUGCAGCAGAUGGUGAUGCUGCAUCCUACUCUCCCACGACGCCUUACUACCUGGCCCAGGGCGCGAAACUGGUCCAGAUGACUUGUCCGCCCAAGCAGACGCGCAAGGGUCUCUUUGAGAAGGACGAUGUGCAAGGUCAGUCAGAGAUGGGUGGUGGCGUGACGAUGGGGAAGGGUGGAAGCGGAGGGUUUCCCAUCUCGGGUCAGCUGGAUGAUGUCAAGGAUGCGGGUGUCAGAAAGAGGCUGGCGGACGCCAGGAGGAGGACUAUGGGCUGGAGACCUGCGGUUGCCAGUCCGUUGGGCAGGUGA